CUCACAACGACACGGUAACACCCGCUCUCCAGCCCACCAACCUCCUCUCGCAGUGGGGGCCCAAAGAUGGCGGCUCUCAAACUCCUCUCCUCCGGGCUACGGCUCUGCGCCUCUGCCCGUGGCUCCGGAGGCGCCUGGUCCAAGGGAUAUGUUUGCUACUUUUCAACCAGCACUCAUCAUCAUACUAAAUUUUAUUCAGAUCCGGUGGAAGCUAUAAAAGACAUCCCUGAUGGUGCGACAAUACUAGUUGGUGGUUUUGGGCUUUGUGGAAUUCCAGAGAACCUUAUUGGAGCUUUACUAAAGACUGGAGUAAAAGGGCUAACCGCAGUCAGCAACAACGCAGGGUAUGCUAAAGAAGUCUUGACCACUAAAGGCAAGCAAGUAAUCGAUUUGAAAGUCCAUCAGAAAUAUCUUCAAUACCAAAGAGCCAUGAAAUGUUUUUAUACACAUUUCUUUAUUAGAAAUUGUAUGUUCUUCAUCUGCAAAAGAUCAAAUAUGUCUUUCACCUGUGUUUAUACUUUGAGCCCUUGGAGGGUCAACAACUUUGGCUUGGGCCUUUUACUUCACUCCAGGCAGAUAAAACGCAUGGUUUCUUCCUACGUGGGAGAAAAUGCAGAAUUUGAACGACAGUACUUAGCUGGUGAACUAGAAGUAGAGUUGACACCUCAGGGCACUCUUGCAGAGAGGAUUCGUGCAGGUGGGGCUGGAGUUCCUGCGUUUUACACCAGCACAGGGUAUGGGACCCUGAUACAAGAAGGAGGGUCACCGAUCAGAUACAACAAAGAUGGCAGCAUUGCCAUUGCCAGUAAGCCAAAAGAGGUGAGGGAGUUUAAUGGUCAGCAUUUUAUUUUGGAGGAAGCAAUUACAGGGGAUUUUGCUUUGAUAAAAGCCUGGAAGGCAGACCGAGCAGGAAACGUGAUCUUCAGGAAAAGUGCAAGAAAUUUCAACUUGCCCAUGUGCAAAGCUGCAGAAACCACAGUGGUAGAGGUUGAAGAAAUUGUGGAUAUUGGCUCUUUUGCCCCAGAAGACAUCCAUAUUCCUAAGAUUUAUGUACAUCGCCUUAUAAAGGGAGAAGCAUAUGAGAAAAGAAUUGAGCGUCUAUCAAUCCGGAAAGAGGAAGAUGGAAAAGCCAAAUCUGUUAAGCCUGGAGAUAGCGUGAGGGAACGUAUCAUCAAGCGGGCAGCUCUUGAAUUUGAAGACGGCAUGUAUGCUAAUUUGGGCAUAGGAAUCCCUCUCCUGGCCAGCAAUUUUAUCAGUCCAAAUAUGACUGUUCAUCUUCAAAGUGAAAAUGGAGUCCUGGGUUUGGGUCCAUAUCCAUUAAAAAAUGAAGUUGAUGCAGAUCUAAUCAAUGCAGGCAAGGAAACAGUUACUGUUCUUCCAGGAGCCUCUUAUUUCUCCAGCGAUGAAUCAUUUGCAAUGAUUAGAGGGGGACAUGUUGAUCUAACAAUGCUAGGAGCAAUGCAGGUUUCCAGAUAUGGUGACCUGGCUAACUGGAUGAUACCUGGAAAGAUGGUGAAAGGAAUGGGAGGUGCUAUGGAUUUAGUGUCCAGUGCCAAAACCAAAGUGGUGGUCACCAUGGAGCAUUCUGCAAAGGGAAAUGCACAUAAAAUCAUGGAGAAAUGUACAUUACCUCUCACUGGAAAACAAUGUGUCAACCGCAUCAUUACCGAAAAGGCUGUAUUUGAUGUGGACAAGAAGGAAGGACUGACUCUGAUUGAAAUCUGGGAAGGCCUCACAGUGGAUGACAUAAAAAAGAGCACUGGGUGCGACUUUGCAGUUUCACCAAAGCUCAUGCCAAUGCAGCAGAUCGCAUCUUGAAAUGUAGAACAGAUAUUUGUCCCAGGAUGUGGUUUUUUUUUUUUUUUUCAGUUUAACCACAUAGGAGCUAAUUGAAAAGAAGUCAAUAAUCACAUUUGUCUGCUUAAUAAGCCAUUUUUACCUAGUUGUUUUCUAGUAUCUCAGGCUUUAUAUAGCCAUGUAGGCUUUGUUCUCUCAAAUGUGCUAUGGCCUUAUUAAGGAAAAACAAAAGGAAAACAUAUAUGAUUAUCUUGUUUGUUUCAUAAGCGUUGUUGAGAAGGCUGUCUUUACAGUUGGUGCUCACAUUGGAUGUAUUUUCACCUGUGAUAUGUAUGUUAAAUUAUAUGCGGUUUUAUCAAGGUAGUUCCUUGGAAAGAGUUUUGUUGACAAUGCUUUCCCUCCUUGCUAAAUUGUGUAGAAAAAAAA